AAUCAACUAAUCGCAUUCUUCAUCAAGGGGACAGUUUCACACCAAAUGGAAAGAUACUGAAAACACUAUUCCAGCUGGAAGCUGCUUGUACUUGAAAACAAAAGUGGUUGCAGAUUGCGGUUCAAGGACUGAAGAAGGAAAGAAAUGUUGUUUUAAUAAGUUGAGCAGUGUUUUUCAUACUGCAGAAACAAAGCACUUGGAUAUAUAUUUUUAUCUGGCAGAUUUUUUUUUUUUAUUUUAGAUAAGAAAUUUACAUGCUUAAGCAGUUUACUUUCCUGCGAAACAUUUAUUUAUUUAUUUUUUUACUAAUACCAGCUGCAGAACCUUAAAGAACAGGGACUUUGUGAACUUUCAGACGGGGGAUACAGCAGCUGCAGUGGUCACUAAUGGAUCAUCCAGCGAGCAGUUGCAUGAAAAGUAACCACCCAUCUACUGCCCUCUGGGGCUGUAUGCGCAACCCUCAUGCGGAUAUUGGUGGCCCAGGACUGCACCAUUACCAACCUCCACCUCCUUUUACUUUUCACCCCAGACCAGACUUUGCCACAUAUCCUGACUUCUCUGCAUCAUGUCUUGCUGCUGCCCCUCAUAGCUAUCCCCGAGAGGAACAGAUGUACACAGAGCAGCACCCUGCUUUUCAGCACUCUGACUGGCACUUCUCUGCUGCGGAAGCCAGGGGCCGACAGACAUCCUGUUUGCCCUCUAACUCAACAGAGUUGGAGCCCAAUGGUACCAUCCUGAUGGAUGCUGUUGGAUGUCUGACAGAAAACUACAUGAUGCAGCCAAAUACGACUUCAGAAAAUACAAAGAAAGCAGGAAAGAGGAAAAAGGAGACUUCAGAAAACCCAGAUUCCAGUAUCAAGUCAGAUGCAAAUAGUAAAGCAAGGAAAGAGAGGACUGCAUUCACAAAAGAGCAGCUACGAGAGUUAGAAGCAGAAUUUGCUCACCACAAUUAUUUGACGAGGCUAAGGAGGUAUGAGAUUGCAGUGAACCUCGAUCUCACAGAAAGACAGGUCAAAGUGUGGUUUCAGAACAGAAGAAUGAAAUGGAAACGUGUUAAAGGGGGUCAGUCAGUCUCACCCCAUGAGGAAGAGGCUGAUGAGGGUGAUUCUGCUGCUUCACCAGGAUCUGAGUGAACAAAAAUAAUGUUAACAAGGACUCUGAGAUAUGGAGAAACUUAUAAGAUGUGAAGCCACAGAAGGCCCUACUGUCCACAACAUUCCUGCCCAUCUGAACAAGAGUCAGAAAAUGGUGGACAGAACCUUUUUCCUAUAUCACCCAGACUUGAUGUUUGUGGUUUUGGUUCUGAAGGUUGUGAUCUUGUAUAGCUUGUGAUUUGAGACAAUUUACUCAUACCAUGAUGGUUCACAUGGGUCAUGAGACUGAUCAAAUGACUCACUGCAGAUAUGAAUCCUAAAUUAAUUUCAGAACUGCUGAUACCUUUAUGAUUUUGCACCAAGAUUCUGAAAACAUGAACACCUGCUUCAUCAGUACUUUGAAGGAGUCCUUCAUUUCCAAGUAUUUAAAUUGCACAUGUUAUAUAUAAUGGAAACAAGUUGUGGAUCUUAUGACUUUAAUGAAAUCAAAAUGAAAUAUAUGCAUUUUAUUUUUUAUUCUUGGGGUUUAUUCAUUCGCAUCUAAAAUUAUUUCUUUAAAAUGAAACAUGUAAAAUGCAUAAUGGUUAUACUUUCCAUAACUUCCUCACUGUUCUAACUUACUGGUAUGCCAGUCAGACUGUGAAAUUUCUAAUAUUGUUCAAGGCAUCUGAUUGAACUUGUGUAAGUUGAACCUUAAAAAAUUCCCUGCAACAAUUAUAUGAAGAUUAUGCAGGGUACCUUUACUGGAAAAUAAAUAAGCAAUUACUUGGGCAGUUGAAAUAUACAUACACGUAUACACACACACACACACAC